AUGACUGUUGUUCAGCAAAACUAUGGUGAAAAAGUUCUAGUACAGGGUACAACAGCUGUGGAUCUUGUAGGGCUUGUUGCAGCACUAAAUUUACUUGGUGGUACUUUGGUUGACCACAUAUUCUUAUUCCUUGGUGUUGGGCUAGUUGGGACUGGUAUAGUAGAGCUUAUAGCUCUUGAGAUGUCAAAACAGGUGUUGGCUUAG